GGCAAUAGGGUUCUUGUGCUAGGAUCCAAGCUCCGAUUCCGCAGCAGCGUCACCGCACCACGUCAGCGAUUUCUAGAUAUUCCAACCCACCCAAGUUUCCGUUGCUAGCUCCAGCAUUCUCGAGGCCUGAAGUCUGAGGUCCGAUCGCCAGCAUCACCUUCAACACCAAACCUGAAACCUUCAACAACCAUGCUUAUCAACGGUGAAAAGUGGGCUUGCGAGGCCUGUGUGAGGGGCCAUCGUGUGAGCAACUGCCAACAUCACGAUCGUCCACUCCAGCACAUCAACAAAAAGGGGCGGCCGGUUUCGCAAUGUCAGCACUGUCGGUCCAUGCGCAAGUAUCGCGCCUCGCAUGUCAAGUGCGACUGCGGUGAAAAGACGAGCAAGUGUAUUCACUUGCAAGUAACGGUCGAGGGUCACAAGGAAAGCUGCUGUUGCAACCAUGGCGGUCGCUGUACCUGCUGCCACAAAAAGGAGCAUCCUCAGCUCGAGACCGUCCCCGAAUCUGACUCGGACAAGAGCUGCUCUUCUGUGUCGCGAAGCUGCUCAAAGUCCGCUUCCCGUAACAGACGCAGGGCCAACACAACCAACUCGGAUGCCAUGCUCUCUUUCGAUGCCAACGGCCACCACAAGCCCACGUACAAGCAUACCAAACCCUCGCAAAAGUGCGGUCCUUACACGCUCAGCAGGGGUAACUCCAUGCAUAGCACCACCUCAAGCUUGGGAGCUCGCUCCGUCGAUAACUUGGACGUCAGCGGCAGUGGCAUUGCCAUGCAGCGUGGAGCACAGUCCGAGUCCGCCUCGCCACUUAUGACGGGCUCUUCGACGUUUGCCCAGCUCAACGGACAGCUCCCUCCUCUGGAUCUUUCCGGUAUCAAGUACACCCCGUAUGUCCCCAACAGCGCGGACUUCUUUGGCAGUCUCUCCGACAAUGACCAGCCCCUGUUCAGCGCCGGUUUGAGUGCUACCUCUGUUGAUUGGAGCCACUACGAGGGUCUCGACUUGGGCAACAAGUCGGCGGAUUUUGCUCCGUCCAGCUAUGGCCAGGCGCAAAGCUACGGCUCCUUCGAUUAUUACGGAUCCGAGUCGCUUUCCACCUUGACCACCAACACAUCCACCUCGGGCGACAUCUCUGAAGUCGAGGACUUCUUGCCAGCUCUUGAUGACUGGGAGACCGCAUCUGGUUUCUGUGCCACUACGCCCGGUAGCGGCUUUGGGUUUGGCCAGCCCCAGCCUAACCUCUACGGUGCGGCUGACCCUUUCCUUGACUUUGAAGAGUUCAAGAUGAUGAAGGCCGGUGCCAAGUUUCUGGCAAACAACUCGUCACUUACCAGUGAGGAUUCCAGCCUCUUGACGAGCAACUUGCCCGAUUUCAGCAACUUUCCCCUCGAGGAUGAUCCGGCUUUUUGGAUCACUCAUUACGGCGGUUUGGCCCUCCAAGACCCCGCCCCAGCCGAUGGCACUGUCCACCCGCUUUGGGAUGGCUCAUCAUGACGAGAUCUGUUUUCAAGUUACACCAACGAAGCGAUGUUUCUUGCCUUUCUCGGAUACCCAUGCCCCGUUCUUAGUCUGAAA